AUUCCAUGCACUGCUGUUGUUUCAACAUUUAUCAACGUUUGUCUUAUUUAACUAAAUUGUUGGACCCAGGACCAUCUUCAUCCUGGACAGAUAAAACUGGCAGAAACAGAAACAAGCUGUGAAAACAGAAGGUCCGUUAUGUCCGGUGAAGGCUUAAUUUCGGUGGAUUAUGAAAUUUUUGGCAAGGUGCAAGGAGUAUUUUUUCGAAAAUACACACAAGCUGAAGGGACAAAGCUUGGCCUAGUUGGAUGGGUCCAAAACACAGAAGCAGGAACCGUGAAGGGGCAGCUACAAGGUCCACGCAGCGAGGUGGAAAAAAUGCAAGAGUGGUUGAAACUGACAGGGAGCCCCAAGUCCCACAUCACCAAGGCCGAGUUCAAGAACCAGAAAACUAUUGAGAGCCUAGAGCACUCCUCUUUCAGAAUAAUCAAAUGAAUUCAGCUAUUUGUUGUCUUUAAUAUUAAUAUUUAUGCUAUUAACUAUUUUUUUAGCUGGUUGUAUUUAAAGCACUAAAGUAAAAAUGUAUGCAUUGUAUGUUUGAACUCCUAAAUUUGAUCAUAUCAUAUAAUUUAUUUAUUUCAAAAUGCCUUGAACACGUUUCUCGUAGUUAGAACUGCAUUGUUCUAAGAAGAUAACUUGUUGGAGGGGAUUUUUAGCAGAACUGGUUAGUGAUAUAAAUAUGUUUGAUGUAGAGAGGAACUCUGAUUUAUAUUACCCUGUUGUUUUUGCCUUCUAAAUUAAAAUUUGUGGUUAUUUGC